AGAGGGAAGUUCGGUUUCUUUACUGGGCGGACAGAACAAGUUGUUUUUUUUAAGGUCCAUAAACGUAGUGACUAAAUGACUGUAACUUAUUUUUGCUCUCUGGAUGUCUCACUUUGACAUUUACGCGUCUCAUUCAAACGAUUUCUUUCUUAAGUAAAUUUGUCUGGACAAGGAGCCAGAUGACUGAGUCGGAGCCAGCGAGCCAGCUCCAACAAACAGCAGAGCCGAAUGUCCCGCUGAAUGUCCAGGAGAUGCAGUUCUGGCUGGACAAAUCAGUGUCUUGGGGCCUGGCUGACAGUCCAGAUGCUCAGAAAGACACCUGCCUUCACUUGAACAGACUGGGGAAUUUCCUCUGUCAACUCCUUGUGUACAUCAACCAUAUGAGCUCCACAACAGAAACCUUGAAGAAGCUGCCAUUUUUAGGCCAGCUUUUGGGUCGGCUGUGCUGGAACCCCUAUGUCACUGCAGGAGAUACAAGCAGAGGGCUCCUUCUCCAGUGUCUGUUAGGACUGUAUUCAGAACAUCCAAGCAGUGCUGUAGAAAGAAAAGCCAACCAGUGGAUUCAGAAGGUUUUAUGCCAGCUUGCUACAGAAGAAGAUGAUUUUGGCACCCAGACACUAAUAAAUCACAUGGGUGUACCAGCUAAAGAGUACCAUCUCAAAUUGCUGAAAAAGAUGGUGGCACGUCUGCAGGAAAACAUUGGAAAGACUUUGUGCUCUCAGAGCUGCAUAGACAAAAGGUGUUCAUGUGACAGUAUUCUGGCUAUAUCAGAGGUUUGUGCCCCCCUUGCCACUUGUCCUGAGGCUUCUCCUCUCAUUGGUGCCUUGAUGCAACAGCCAACGACGUGCAUCAGAGAAACUCUGAGUGACGACUUCCUUGGUGCACUGAGCUUGGCUCAUUCAAGCUUUGGCUUGCCAUUGGAGGAGCAGACCAAAAUCUCUCUGUGGUAUCACAGUAUGCCCAGCCUGGAGGAGGCUGUUAUCGGUGUGCUGGAUUCUGUGACAGACAUAGGGUCAACACCACAGAUGCUUGAGCGGCAAAUAACAAAAUCACUGUUGCCGAAAGCUUGUGCUCAGCACUGUUCAAUAUUUCUGGUUACAAACGACAUCUUCAGGUCAGUUAUUAAGCAAGCUGAAGAAAAUCUUUCCAUAAAGUCUGUUAUUCACACCUUCACCAAGCUUUUCUUGAGGGAACUGGCACUGCUGCAGCCUCAGAUGACUGCAUCUGUAAAGGCCUUCUUCCCACAGUCACCUCCGAAUCUACUGGUUCCCCUGCUGACCAUGCCAUCAGAAAUGGCUCAGGAGGCUUGGAAAAAUCACCUGAAGUUGCUCAGUGUCUCAUUACAGAGACUGACAGAGGAGGAAGAGGAGGAAGACAGAGGCAGCAGAAGCACCAGGGGGCACCACAGAGUGUUUGAGGCCUGGUUCCUGUUGGUUCAGUGUGCUCACUGGGUUCAUGUGGCAGUCCAGCUGCUGGUCACAUCAGGACCAGAGGACUGCAGUCCCUUGCUGUGGCUUCUGACCUUCUACCACCAUCCCACCAACAAGUGGCACCACAGAGCUUUACAUCUGGAGCAAGCCAAAGAAGUUCUGGGGCAGCUGCACACGCUUUCUUCCGUCUUAUCUCGUCCGCUUCCUGUUGAUCGCCUGCAAUCAUCCAUUGGUCUGCUGUCAGCACAACCUCAGCAGCAGUCACUCGCUCCAUCGUUGACCCUCGACCUGCUGGUUAAUUUUGUUGUUUUCUGUCGACUUCCUCUGAGUGACUCUGCAAAGAUUUUACAGACGGUGGUGGAUCAGUCUGGUCUGUUUCAUGAGACAGCUUGUGUUCUUAGCUCACUUCAGCUCAGACUAAAUGAAGCAAGCUGCUUAUCAGACGACAGAGUUCAUAUCAGGAUCAAGGAACUUCACAACACAAUAACACGCAUGCAAGCAGAACCAACAACACAUACUCACACUGUCCACAACAGCAAUUUUGCAGAAUAAUGAACAGCCAUGCUUUUGUGUAGAUGUGUUGCUCUAUGGUGACAGGAGUGUAUCAAAAUAACAGCAACUACAGAUUACAGUACAGGGGCAGGACACAAUUAUAGACACAAGGACAUUUAAACAGUGACGGAGCACUUUAAGAAGCAGCAGCUCAUACGUGUCAGAGUUGUCCCACUCACUGAAUUUCAUCACAGUAUUAGUCUUUUAUGCUGCACUGGCUCAAAUGAGCAUAAAAGCAAGAAAAUCCAAGAACACACUGACAAUUCUGACUAUUUAAACUGUGAGUAAUUAGAACAACUUUUUAUUUAAAAAUGUUUAUUACUUUAUUGUCAUAAAGGUGAAGAAUAGCUCACGAUGGUCUAGCUAUUAUAAGCAUACAGUGCCUUGCUUAUGCUUCUACAUAUGAUGAUUUGACUGCUGGCUGAUCACUGCUAAUUAGACAAAUUGAAAAAAAUUG